AUGGUAGCAACUAUAGACAUCACGUUUUUGGGAACUGGCAGUGCUCAGCCAAGUGCAACCCGUAAUCACCAAGCGAUAGCAUUAAGACUAGGCGGUGAAAUCUGGUUAUUUGAUUGCGGAGAAGCAACACAGCAUCAGUUUCAGAAAAGCAAACUCAAGAUGGGCAAAAUUUCACGCAUCUUCAUCACACACAUGCAUGGAGACCAUUGCUUUGGUCUGGGUCCUCUUUUAUGCAGUCUCUCUGACAAUAUGAACCCAAACGCUGCUGAGUCAGCCGAGUCGAAAACACCGAUCGAGAUCUACGGUCCUUCACCACUACGAUCCUGGCUUCGUACCACGCUCAAGUCGACCUACUCCAAUCUGGGCCGAUCUUACCGAGUCCAUGAGCUCUUGCAUAAAGAUGAUCCUGAGGAUUCAAAUCAAGAUCUGCACAUGAAUGAGCUACCUGGACGCAAUAUUCGCAGCGUGGAAGGCGUAUUUGAAGAUCUACCGUACAUAAGUAACUACAAGGUUCAAGCAGCUGCAAUUGAACACUCGAUCCCGUCACUGGGGUACGUUGUGCGCGAACCAGACCAGCCGGGAAAACUGGACGGCCUGGUGCCCAUGAUCAAGGCACAGUCGGACGCAUUACGAGACAAGGGCAUCAAGAACCCCAUGGGCAUCUUGGGCAUCAUUCAACGUACAAACGAGCCGUACGUUCUGCCGAAUGGCCAUGUUCUUCAUCCGCCACCCAUGCGACCGGGUAGAUCGGUCGUCAUUUUGGGCGACACGCGUGAUCCGUCACGUAUUGCCUCUCUCAUCGAUUCACCCAGUCUACUGGUCCAUGAGGCAACAAACGCGCUGACGACGCUGGAUGAGCCGGGGACGACGUUUGAACAAGUCGAGACGAGGGCACUGGGUUAUGGUCACUCAACUCCUCAGAUGGCAGGCGCAUUUGCUAAACGUAUGCGUUGCAAGAAACUUAUCUUGACUCAUUUUAGUGCACGAUAUGCGGGCGAUGAGAGUCCGGCGUCAUUAGAAGUCAUGGAGCAAAUUCGGCAGUUGGCUUUGAAGGAAUUUGAUCAGAGAAUGGAUGAUGUUUAUUGUGCAAGGGAUUUAUGGUCGUUUGAAAUAAAAAUAGAUUAG